UGAUUAUGGAGAGCAUUCCCUUCUCAAAAUUCUCAGUUCUUUUCCCUUUUCAUGAAAUCUCUUCUUCUCUCCUUGCUGAAAUUCUCUUGUAAUUAAACCCUCUGAAGGAAAUACAUGUUUUAUAACAACAUUCAUCAUAAGGGUUUCAAUUCUUAUUUAGAUUAAAAGGGAUAUAUCAUAAUUCAAAAAAAGGGUUAGUCUAAUCAUCAAUGGACAUUCCAUUGCAAUUCUUGUUGAGAAUGUUUGUUUAUGAUAUCGAUAUCAACGGAGUAAAGGUCAAGGCAACACUGGCGAAACAUGAUGAAGUAGUGGAAAACGAAUUAUCAGAACUGAAAAACUCUCUGAUGACCACUGAUUUUCCAGUUGUGGGAGUUGAUUGCAAGUUUGGUAGGAAUGCACCAAUUGGGAAAGAUUAUGAUGGGUUCGUGCCUGCUGAUAACGAAUGGGUUCCCAGUUUACUUGCAUUGUAUGUUGAAACUCGUUGCUUAAUCAUUCAACUGGAUCGCAGCUUUCCCUCGAGCCUGGCUCGUUUUCUCAAUGAUGAAAACAUCUGUUUUGUGGGAAUCAAGAUCGAUUACCAUCUUGAAUGUCUGAAAUAUCAUCAUCACAGCUUGUGUAAAACAAGCAAGGCGGGCGAUUUGACCAGAUAUGGAGUUGAUAUUCAUGAUUUUGCUGCUUGCGUUCUUAAGGAUCCAUCAUUGCGUUACUGUCUGGGGCUUAUUAAUUUGGGAAGGCGUAUUGGAGUCGAGAUACAAGAGGUUGAUGAAACGAUUUCACCCCCACCCUCUGACUGGGGUGCCAUUGUUUUCAGCAAGGAAGAAGUCGAAUACACCGUUCAUGAUGCUUACAAUUGCUACCUUAUUGGAAAGAAGCUACUUACUAGCCUCUAGCUUUUGAAUGUGUCUCUUUCCUCAUUAUGGUUUAUUUUGUUUCAGUUGAAGUAUGGGUCGCGUUUUAUGUACGGAUUAUUUCUUUUAGUUUAUUCAGUCGGUUUUAUGUACUUUAAUUCGAAUUGAGAGAACGCGACUUGGUUUUAGAUGGUUUUGGAGUGUUAACAUGUAUCGUAUAUGAGAAG